UCCAAAUUCCGGUGAUCCGCCCCGGUUCCAAAUUGCCGAAAGAUCCCAGGUCCAGUGGCAGACUGAGCCAAGCCUCAACCAGGAAGGGCCUCUGAGCAACUGGGACACCAUCACCACCAACCAUCUCGAACAUCAGCCUUGGAUGAAAAUGCCAUUGACCUGGUACAGCUGGUUCCUCCUCAGUGCCUGGAUCCUGAACACUGGGGCCGAGAUCUCCAUCACCCCCGAGCCUGCACAACCUGCAGAGGGGGACAAUGUCACGCUGGUAGUCCAUGGGCUUUCAGGGGAACUGCUUGCCUACAAUUGGUACGCAGGGCCUACGCUCAGCCUGACCUUCCUGGUGGCCAGUUACAUUGUCAGCACUGGUGAUGAGACCCCCGGACCAGCCCACACAGGGCGGGAAGCUGUCCGUCCUGAUGGCAGCCUUGAUAUCCAUGGUGCCUUACCUGGGCACACAGGCACCUACAUCCUGCAGACUCUUAACAGGCAGUUUCAGACGGAGGUGGGCUACGGACACAUGCAGGUCUAUGAGAUCCUGGCCCCUCCCACGGUCAUGGCCAACGACACUGCGCUGGUGGAGCGUAGGGAUACCCUUCGUCUCGUCUGUAGCAGCCCCAGCCCCGCUGAGGUCCGCUGGUUCUUCAAUGGUGACGCUCUGCCAGUUGCCGUCCGCUUGGGCAUGUCCCCCGAUGGCAGGAUGCUGACCCGGCAUGGCGUCCGCAGGGAGGAGGCAGGUGCCUACCAGUGCGAGGUGUGGAACCCCGUCAGCGUCAGCCGCAGCGAGCCACUGAACUUGACGGUAUACUUCGGCCCUGAACGAGUAGCUAUCCUUCAAGACUCUACCACCCGCACGGGCUGCACUAUUAAAGUGGACUUCAACAUGUCCCUCACCCUGUGGUGUGUGGCGCGGUCUUGCCCUGAGCCAGAGUACGUGUGGGCCUUCAAUGGAAAGGCCUUGAAGAAUGGCCAGGAUCACCUGAACAUCAGCAGUAUGACUGCAGCCCAUGAGGGCACGUACACGUGCAUCGCUAAGAACUCCAAGACGCUGCUGUCUGGCUCUGCCUCAGUGGUAGUCAAGCUGUCCGCUGGAAAACCACACACCAGAAGCACUUUCUUCACACCUCUGUUCCAUGCAUGGGGGGUUGUGGUGCUGAGGGAACAGAGCUCAUGCCCCAAGAAUAGCGGCUUUGAACAUCAAGUUCUCAUUUUACAGCAGAUGUAUAGUGGUGUAGGCAAGAGGAUCAGGAGUUCAAGGACAUCCUUAGCUACACAGACAGUUCAAAGUUAGCCUGGACUACAUGAGACCUUGUCUCAAGGGGGAAAAAAUGUCUCAUUCAUUCUAGCUGGGUUUCUUCUCAAAUGGCCAUUGUCCCUUGGGGACAGUGGGAAUCGUCCACCCCCUCCUCCCUCCCUUCUUCCUCCACUAACAGGCUGGGUCUCAUGCAAAGGGUGGGGAUGGACCCUCUUUCACGCAGAGCAAAGAUGACUGUCGCAAAGGUAAGUGUGCCUCCUGUCUUACCUGUGAGGGACCUUGGCUGGAAACAGGGUGGACCAGAUGACCUCAGGGCCAACAUGGGGGGUAUCCAAGGUCUGAAGGUAGGUGCAGGCUGUGCCUAAUGUAACACUUCCAAAACUGCUUCCCCAAAAGCUGCCAGGAAUCCUGUGGCAGGUGCUGAGAUCGAGACAGAGACAUGGCUGUUAUCCCACCUGGGAAACAAGCUGAGGUGAUGGAGGAGGCAUGGUCUUUCUCUGACCUCAGAGGGAUCAGUGAAGCUGCCAAUCAAAGAGAAGAGGCAAUGCCUCACGUUCUCUGGGCUCCCUGGCAUUGGUGUGGGAGACAUAAAACUGUCUAGUCAAAGGGAGGAGGCACAAGGUGAAAGAAUUUCCAGGUCAUUAGGAGACAUGACACUACUUUAAAUUUCAUAGUCUGAUGGGGGAGACACAAGUCCCACUUUGGGAACAUGUCAAAUCUGAUGGGGGAGUACAAUCUUCCCACUUUCUAUGAAAUUUUUCUAUCAGAGACAAUUAUUCCCAACUUUGGGCAUCUUCAACUUGAUUAGAAUGUUCCACUCCCAAUAGUCCACAAUUUCUCAGUCUGAUGGAGGAGACAGAAACUCCCACCUUCUAGGGAAUCUUAAUCUUGGGUCCCAAACUUGAUUGAAAAAUCUAGAAUGUCCCAAUCUGAUGGCGGAGACACAAUCCACACCUUGUGAGAAUUUUCCAUGUGAUACAGGAUGCACAGCUUCAUCUCUCCUAGAGUCGUCUAAUCUGAUGGAGGAGUUGUCACCUCCCAUAUUCUUAGGUCUGCUGCUCUCACAGAAAAGACACUAUGUGGACGAGACAUUCCAACCAUCUGAUGGGGGAGACACAGCCCCAUAUUCUAGAAUUUCCAGUCUGAUAGGGGAGGCAUGGUCCCCAGAGGUUUUUUUUUCCUACCCUGAUGGAGGAGACAUGGCCAGACCCUGUGGGGUCUUUCAAUUAAUUACAUAGGGCCUGUACCAUCAUCCAAGGCUGAAAUUUAAACAGGAGAGAUGUCUUCCUGGCAUCUGAGAAAGAGAGUCUAUGUGAUCACCCUAGAAAUCACCUCCAUCCUCUGUCUCCUCCCCAGCACCUCAUGGGGAGAAGCAUCAGUGGGGGAGCUGGCCAAGGGAGGGGGAGGACUCCACACCACACUCAAGCCGUUCUGGCUGACUGUGGCGGUGGUUCUCUCCCCAGCGGCAGCUGUAGCCAUGAUGAUCGUUCCUGUACCGACUAAGCCAACGGAGGGCCAGGACGUGACCCUGACUGUCCAGGGCUACCCCAAGGACCUGCUAGUCUAUGCCUGGUAUCGUGGACCUGCCUCGGAACCCAACCGACUGCUCAGCCAGCUGCCGUCAGGGAACUGGAUCGCUGGCCCGGCGCACACAGGCCGGGAGGUGGGCUUCGCUAAUUGCUCACUGCUGGUGCAAAAGCUGAACCUCACUGAUGCCGGGCGCUACACACUCAAGACCGUCACACUGCAGGGCAAGACCGACACUCUGGAGGUGGAGCUACAGGUGGCCCGUGAGUGAGCAGUGUGGGAUGGGAUGGGGGGGGGGCACCCAAAGAUGUCCUUCUCCUCCCUCACAUGCCUGUGGGACACAGGCAUGUGCCUCUUCCAUCUGACCUGAGUGUCCCCAUGUGGGCGUUUGCCUUGCCUCUCAAACGAUGACGUCCACCAAGGUAUACGCCUUCCAUAUGGAUAUAUAGACCGUAAAAGGGGUGUCAAGUGAGGGUGGGCAUCUUUUCUCAUUAGGUGAGUGGAAACUAAACCAUGGGGAUCUAGCCUCUUCCACCACACUGGGGAGCUGGGGUGAAUGCAGGUGUUUUCCUCCCCCAUAAGACAUGGCAUGAGGGCAAGAAGUUUCCACCUUCAGACACCAGAGCUCUCCCAACCUGAAUGUACACUAGGAUGCAGGCUGCUAGGUGUGCCUCUUCCAUCAGAGUUCUCUGUUGGGAACCACCUCUCCCCUAUCAACCUGGGGGCUCCCACAGUGGAAAACCAUGUCUCUCUCAUCAGACUGAAAAUUGUGUCUCCUCCAUCAGACUGGGAGCUCCCAGAAUCAGGCACCAUGUCUCCUCCAUCAGACUGGGGGCUCUCAAAGUCAGAGAUCAUGCCUCCUCCAUCAGACUGGGAGCUCCCAGAGUCAGGGACCAUGCCUCCUCCAUCAGACUGGGAGCUCCCAGAAUCAGGAACCAUGUCUACACCAACAGACUGGGAGCUCCCAGAGUCAGGGCCAUGUCUCCUCCAUCAGACUGGAACCUUGUCUCCUCCAUCAGGCUAGGAGCACCCAGUCAGGAAACAUGCUCUUAUAGUCCAAGGCUAUGUCUUCUCCAUGAAACUGGUAUCUCCCAGAGUCAAAAGCCAUGUCUCUUCCAUCAGACCAGAAAUUCCCAGAAAUCUUCAAGACCUUACUAGGGCAGGUGCUCUGGACAGGCGCUCCCAGACGGAGAACAAGAGUCUGGGGUCCUGCCUGUCGCAUCAGACUAGACACUCAGAAGUCAAAUUUCCGAAGCCAGGACCAGUCCGGACCCAACCACCAGAUGUCUGGGUUCUCACAGGCUCACUCCUAAGCCUGUGCACUCGGGGAUUCCUUUUCAGCUUCCUUUGUCACAGUCCAGCUGGAGGACCAGUCUUUCUUCAUGCAGCACCAGACCCCAGAUCAUGGCACAGGCUGAGCGGGGCGGGUGGGGACCGCGGGAGGCGCGGUGGGCGGGGCCGCGGGAGGGUCCUCCUGCUGACUGACAACCUCCUCGUCCCCGCCCCGGUUCUCCUGCACAGCCCUGGAGUAGCCACCGCCGCCUCUUCAGCUGCAGCGCAGGCCGCUGAGACCUGGAGAGAAACGCCCCUUGCAGCAUCUCCCCGCAUCCGCCCCUGAGCCCAGGACCGCUCACCUGCAGCACGGAUGCCGGCCAUGGUCCCGCCAUCCUGCCUCCAUCUAGUCUUAGCGCCGAGCUGUGGGAGAGCUGCCAAGUCCAUAAAUGUCCCAAUGAACGCA